CCUCUUGUACGCAGACGUUACUAUUGAUAGAAAUACUGUUUCACAUCCGACCGGUCGUCUACAUUUGUUGCCUGCACUUGGAUGAACUUCCUGAUGAGAGAUCCAGUCAUACAAGGAUCAAGUAUGGCAUAUCAUCCGUUUAUACCUCACCGGGGUCCGGAAUUUGCCAUGAGUGCAAUGCUGGGUCACCAGCCUCCCUUCUUCCCGGCCCUGGCUCUGCCGCCCAGCGGCUCCCUCUCUUUGCCGGGCGCCCUGGGAAAGCCGAUCAUGGACCAGCUGAUGGGAGCCGCGGAGACCGGCCUCCACUUCUCCUCGCUGGGGCAUCAAGCUGCGGCUGCCCACCUCAGGCCUCUCAAGACUCUGGAGCCUGAAGAGGAGGUGGAGGACGAUCCUAAAGUUCACCUGGAAGCCAAGGAGCUUUGGGAACUCUUCCACAAGAGAGGCACUGAGAUGGUGAUCACAAAAUCCGGAAGGCGGAUGUUCCCCCCGUUCAAAGUGAGGUGCACCGGUCUGGACAAGAAGGCCAAAUAUAUUCUCCUGAUGGAUAUAGUUGCAGCCGACGACUGCAGGUACAAAUUCCACAACUCCCGCUGGAUGGUGGCAGGGAAGGCCGACCCCGAAAUGCCAAAGAGGAUGUACAUUCACCCGGACAGUCCGGCUACUGGUGAACAGUGGAUGUCAAAAGUCGUCAAUUUUCACAAACUCAAGCUGACAAAUAACAUCUCCGACAAGCAUGGAUUUGUAAGUUCAACUAAUACCAUUCUUAACUCCAUGCACAAAUAUCAGCCUCGAUUUCACAUCGUGAGGGCCAACGACAUCCUCAAACUCCCGUACAGUACCUUCAGGACUUACGUUUUUCCUGAAACGGAUUUCAUUGCCGUGACUGCUUAUCAAAAUGACAAGAUAACCCAGCUGAAAAUUGACCAUAAUCCAUUUGCCAAAGGAUUCCGUGACACGGGCAAUGGGAGGCGGGAAAAGAGGAAACAGCUGGCUCUGCAAUCCAUGCGUUCAUACGAGGAGCAGCAGAAAAAGGAGAACGGGGCUUCAGACGACUCCUCUGGAGAGCAGACCUCCUUCAAGUGCUUCGGCCAGGCCUCGUCCCCUGCCGUGUCUACCGUGGGCCCCCCGCACCUGAAAGAUUUCUGCGACAGCGAUGAGGAUAGCGACGAUGAGAGCAAAGAUGGACACAUCAAAGAUGGCCCGGACUCCAGCAAGAUUUCCACGACUACGGAGGACGGGAAGGAUCAUGAGGCGAGCCCGGCUAAGGGGCAUCCCUUUAGUAGCAGCGAUUCUACCAGCAGGGUCCGCGACGGCGGCCCUAGGACUGAGAAAAGUCAGGCAGACUCGCGGCAGAGCCCCAUCACCGUCAUCUCCAGUACCACCCGCUCUGGAGAAGACCUCAAGAGCCCGAGCCUGGAACAGCCCAAAGCGGACGAGUGCAGGUCAAUAAGCAAGGACAGUUUCAUGCCUUUGACUGUUCAGACUGACAGCGCGCACAUUGGCCACAGCCACUUGCACAAUUUUGGAUUUCCAACAGGUCUCACAGGACAGUUUUUCAAUCACUUAGGGAACGCGCAUCCGUUUCUCUUGCACCCCAGUCAGUUCAGCAUGGGAGGUGCAUUCUCAAACAUGGCCGCGGGCAUGGGGCCACUGUUGGCAGCUGUGUCCACGGGAGGGGUGAGCACCAUGGACACGACCAGCUUGGCAUCAUCACCGCAAAGCUUGACGGGAGCGCCAAGCCUACCCUUUCAUCUGCAGCAACAUGUCUUGGCGUCGCAGGGCAUUUCUAUGUCUCCGUUUGGAAGUUUGUUCCCCUACCCCUACACAUACAUGGCCGCAGCCGCCGCAGCCUCGUCCGCUGCCUCCUCAUCGGUGCACCGACACCCUUUCCUGAACGCAGUGCGCCCCCGACUCAGGUACAGCCCCUACUCCCUCCCCAUGUCGGUACCGGACAGCACCCUGCUCACCACCGCCAUGCCCGCCAUGACCGGCAACGGGACCGAGCUGAAGGGGGACGGCAUUGUCCCAGCCAGCCCAGUGUCCGCUGUCACCCUGGAUUCCACAUCGGAGGUGACCAGUCACUCGUCCACCAUAUCCUCCGGCUCGGUUUCCAUGUCCCCAAAAACUUGCACGGAGAAAGAUGCUGCCAACGAGCUGCAGAGCAUCCAGCGCCUGGUCAGUGGACUCGACUCAAAUCAGGACAGGCCACGGAGCGGUUCCCCCUAGGAGAGAUUGCUUUUUUUCCCUCUCUCUCUCUUUUUCUUUUUUUUAAAAAAACAAAACAAAAAAACACUCCACCUGCUUCUCGUUUCGUUGUUGUCAUGAAAAGUGAAAAGUGUUGACGAUGAUCAGGACUUGAACAGUAGGGAGAUACUCUCUUAGAUCCAUGCAGGUUUAAAAAAAAAAAAAAAAAAAAAAAAAAAACUAAACUAAAAAACAUGAACUGUUGGAUGUUUUAGUUUCUGAAAUGCACUUUGGUUAAUACACAUCUGAUAUGUAUGUUCUUCUUUUUUCCUCUCAUUUUUUUUUUUUGUUAAAUUAAACAACACUUCUAUCCUGUCAUUUGAAUACCGUACAAGUAUUGAAACUGAAAAGUUGGCAUGGCUGUGACUUACAGAUUUAGGAGAAGUUGCUGCUGUGUCCUGUCUCCUAACUUUAUUGUACACGAGGAGAAAUGUCUUUUAAUAUGCACUCCGAAUUGAUUUGACUCAUUUGAAUUUACUCUACCGUUUGAUCUACCUUUUAAAGACUGCUGUAUUUUGUUGUACACUAGUAAUUGAUAGAUUGGCCAAACGUUGCAUGCCCCCUGAAACCCCAGCAAAUGUUAUUUUAACGCUUAAAAAAUGGAAACAAGUAGGAAAAAUAUUCUGUUCUGAAUAUAAUCAACACACUCCCUUUAAUUUGGUUAUCUUUUUUUAUUAUUAUUAUUGUUUUUCUCCAUUCAAUUUUAAAAAUCAGAAGAGGCCCACUGAAAUCCACGACUGCUGCUAUGGGACAAAACUAUGGUCCAAGCAUGCGGAAUUUAGCCCAAAUGUCCAACAGGCAAAGGGAAGCAGAAAUUUAAAGUAAACACUAAAAAUUAAAGGUAGUAUUGAUUAUAGGUGUACAUAGGGAUAUAUAAAAUAUUUAUGUAAUUAUUUCAUAUUGUUAUUGCGUGUAAAUACAACGGAGUAGUUUGUUUCUAGGGGUCUGUUCUUAAUUUAUUGUCGAUAUACCUGUGUAAAGAUAGUUUGUGGGCUAUUAUCCUUUUGUUGCCAUCUGCAUUUAUACCCCUCUUAAAAUAUGGACUUUAUUCAUCCCCAAAUAUCCACUGAUAGUUAUUCACACUCAUGUGCCAUUGUAUUUUCACUUGUUGUCCCCGUGUGUGAAGUGCUACUGUUUAAAACGAAUGAAAAAGCAACAACGCACUGCACCAAUGGCUUGAAAAAAAAUAUAUACUUUUUUUUUUCUUUUUAGAAGAAGAAGAGCAAGAGAGGUGUUGUUGAAGUGUGACAAAAGUGGACUAUUUUUCUGUCAUUAAAAAUACUUUGCGAACCGGGUCGUAAAAGUGCCGCAUAAUCGAAAAUAUGAAGGUUUCUUUUGUGUUUCUUAAGUUGUCAGUGGGUUAUGUUGUAUUGGAGUUAUGUCUAGUUUACAACAUCAACAUCGUGU